AUGACGGCCCGCCAGGGCGGUAGCGAAGGAUGGCUGCAUCGGCGUAGCUGUGACAAGGUUCACACCCUGAUAGUCGAGGGAGAUGCUAAGUCCUCCCCGUUGACACAUCCGGAUUCGACAGAGCCCACGGAUGGUGCAUUUUCAGCAAAUGCGAUGUGCACGGUCAGGCCCAAUAUAGCAGUCGCCAAAGUAGGAGCACCGAAAUUGCACAUGGGAAUGCGGCAUGCUGCAUUCGGCUCGAUUGAUCAUAUGUCUAGGUGGUUGUGCCCGGGCGGUGGUUGUUGGGAGCAUCUGUUCGUGGUCGGUAAAGAUAACGAACACGCCCGGGGUACUGUCAAGGUGGAUUUUAUGCGUCUUCUAAACUUCGCUCAUCUCUGCCGCUCUUGUGUCUUUCGCAUUCAUUCGAAGCCUGCAACAAACAACAAUGCGUCUUUCGAUCCGAAAGUACAAGCAGUGAUCGAAUCGGCAUGCUUAUCUGCAGAUGGCAACGUCGCGGAUGAGCUCGCCUUACCCAGACCCCGCAUCGCCGGGCUAGAUACCGAUUUACCGGUACAUCGCGACAAUCUUGACAACAUACGAUGAGUGCGUCGCGGAUCUAUCGAUGGCUCCUUGAAAGACAGCGACUCGCCUUUGCAGAACGACACCCUUCACAUAAACUGAGCCACGGCAGAUCUGCUCUUACGGACUGGCGACCGAUCACCAACCACAGCAACGGAGCAUGGGCCAUUCUGUGGAACACCGUUUCCUGCCUGCGCGGGCAUUGUUACCUACAAGGACAACCCCAAACCAUCAGAACGCAUGCUCGUGAGGCUAGGGUGAGGAUUCCCUGGCGUGCCCGUUUAGCCUGAAGCCGAGGCGUGGCAGGCCCAGCUAGUGGCCGCAAAGUUCGCCAGUGCCCAACAGCGACGCGAUCGAUUCUGGGGCAAAGUAAGCACUUGCGCUCGAGCCAGCACGAAGGACUUACAGUUUCCACCACAACCUUGUAACCAUGAGAA